UCCGACUCCUUGCUCGCCUCCGCCGCGCGCCUCCUUCGCCCUCGCAGACUCCGGCAGCUUUAUCGCCAGAGUCCUUGAAAUCUCCCUUUCUUUUUAAUCCCCCGCAUCGAAUCACCGGCGGGCCCCACCAUGUCAGAGGCAGCGGUAGACACCAGCUCCGAAAUCACCAAGGACUUGAAGGAGAAGAAGGAAGUUGUGGAAGAGGCGGAAAAUGGAAGAGACGCCCCUGCUAACGGGAAUGCGAAUGAGGAAAAUGGGGAGCAGGAGGCUGACAGUGAGGUAGAUGAAGAAGAGGAAGAAGGUGGGGAGGACGAGGAGGAGGAAGACGAAGGUGAUGGUGAGGAGGAGGAUGGAGAUGAAGAUGAGGAAGCUGAGUCUGCUACGGGCAAGCGGGCAGGUGAAGAUGAUGAGGAUGAUGAGGAUGAUACCGAUACCAAGAAGCAGAAGACCCACGGGGAUGAUUAG